UGUGUGUGUGUGUGUGUGUAUUCCACUGUGUAUAUCUCACAUCUUCUUUAUUUAUUCCUCAGUGGACAUUUAGCUUGCUUCCAUAUCUUCACUGUUGUAAAUGAUUCUUCUAUGAGCAGGGCGGGAGUGGGGUGCGUGUAUUUUUUUGAAUACAUACCCAGAAGUCGAAUUGCUGGAUCAAAGGGUGUUUCUGUUUUUAAUUUUUUGAGGCGCCUCCGACCCAUUUUCCACAGUGGCUGCCUGGGGUGACCUCUGAUAGGCCAUGCUUUCUCAGGGCAGACCCUGAGCCAGGUGACGGGGGUCUCAGGAGCUCCCUGUGGUCAGCCGGCUCGUGGGUGCCUGUGGCCCUCCCCGGAGGUCACCGGGCCCUUCCCUUCGCUGCCCGGGGCCUCACUCACUCAGGUCAGACUCCACUCCUGUCCUAGAGGGACGGUUCUCCCAGCAGAGCAGGCUUCUCUGUGUCUUUCGAGACUUGCCUGGGCCCAGGUCUUCUGGGACCAUUUUCCUGCCACUCCCAGGCUAGUCAGUCCUUAAAUGGAAGGAUGAAGUGGGAGGCUGGGCCGACAGACAGGCACGAGUUCAAACCUACCGCUCACUAGCGGGGUGACUGGUCUAGAGGCUCUUUUCCAUUUGCAGGAUGGGGGUGGUAGCGCAAGUCACACAGGACCUGGUUUUCCUUCAGUGCCAGCCAGCGUGCUAGGUUCCGUGCGCUGCAGUCUCGCAGGCCCCAUGGACGUCCUGGCCAUGCAGCCCGUGAAGCAGGAGUGCCAGGUCACCGAGGGCCUGACCCUGGACUCGCCGUGGCACCGCUUCCGCCAUUUCCACUUGGGUGACGCUCCGGGCCCCCGCGAGGCGCUGGGCCUGCUGCGCGCCCUGUGCCGGGACUGGCUGCGGCCCGAGGUCCACACCAAGGAGCAGAUGCUGGAGCUGCUGGUGCUGGAGCAGUUCCUGAGCGCCCUGCCUGCCGACCUCCAGGCCUGGGUGUGCAGCCGGCAGCCCCAGAGUGGGGAGGAGGCCGUGGCGCUGCUGGAGGAGCUCUGGGGACCAGCGGUGAAGGCCCCUCGGGAUGUGACGGAAGACCCCGGGGUCAGCGUGGGAAAGGAAGAUGGGGUGACACCAUUAGGAGACGCGGCCCCCGGGGCUGAGGAACCGGCGACGGGGGACGCCCGGGCCGCGCGGCCCUACAAGCAGGAGCCGGGCAGCCCCCCGCUGGCCCCGCCGGCCCCGCCAGCGCCGGGCCUGCCUGCCUUCCUGGCGGCGCCGGGCUCCGCGUCCUGCCCCGAGUGCGGCAAGGCCUCGCUGAAGCCGGCGCACCUGCUGCGUCACCGGCAGAGCCACACGGGGGAGAAGCCGCACGCCUGCCCCGAGUGCGGCAAGGCCUUCCGGCGCAAGGAGCACCUGCGACGCCACCGCGGCACGCACCCCGGCAGCCCGGGGCCGGCCCUGCGGCCGCUGCCGGCCCGCGAGAAGCCGCACGCCUGCUGCGAGUGCGGCAAGACCUUCUACUGGCGCGAACACCUGGUGCGCCACCGCAAGACGCACUCGGGCGCACGGCCGUUCGCCUGCUGGGAGUGCGGCAAGGGCUUCGGGCGCCGCGAGCACGUGCUGCGCCACCAGCGCAUCCACGGGCGCGCGGCCGCGGGCGGCGCGGGCGGGGCCGCGGCACCGGGCCCCGAGGGCGGGGGCCCGUUCCCGCCGUGGCCGCUGGGGUAGCCUCCGCCUCGCCAUCCAGCCCUUCCUGUCUCCACGACGCCUCCCUAGUCCAGACCUCCAGGCGCGCUAGCGCGCUCUGUUCCUCCCGCAUCUCACGUGACGGUCCACUUUUUUCCUGUUCGGACCUCCCCCGUGUUCGCAGCCUUUCCCACCCUGUAGAAGGAGCCGCCGCAGCCCUCCCUCUCCCAUCCCUCUCCACCCACUCCCUCCCCGGGCUGGGGAGCCAGCAAGACGCAGCCUGGAGCUGGGAAUUGGAGUGCAGGGCAGAAGCAGCAGGCAGGGGCCCCCUGCUGAAGGCAAGGGACUGGGUCAUGUCCCCAGGAGGGCCCCCCCCCAGGACACACUGGGGGACAGGGAAGGGGUGACGGCUCUUACAGGACAGAUCCGAGUUCUGGCAGUGGGUUCCCCGGUCUGGCUCCUCUCUGCAACCCAGGAAGGUGCAAGAUGAACAGAGAUGCCUGCUCCAGGGAAGUGGUCAGAAACGACUGUUCACCAGCAACUGGAAAGUAAUAAAGUCACUGAUAAGUUGUGCAGA